AAACGUUACUCUGAUUGGCUAGAGUUGCAACUGUUCUGCUGAAACGUGGCCCUUUAAAUUUAGAACAAAAUACAACAUGAUGGAAGAAGUCAGUGACGACACGAAUGGAGAGUCAACUUUUGAAUUUGUUGGCGAUAAAAGUGAUGAAAGUACUUCUAAAGACAGUGCCAGUCAAGGUGAUUCUGAAAAAGAACUUCCUAGUAUGGAACAGGUUUUACCAUUUUUUCAGACUACUAAUACACAACCUUCCAUGAUUCCAUCAUCUACUGAACCAGUGGCAACAUCAUCGGGUGCUUCUGCAUCAACAUCAGUAUCUAGCAUUCCAUUUUAUGAUCCAUCUCAAUAUCAAGAUACCCAAACAACUCUAUUCACACCAUAUAUCCCUCAACAAGAAAAUACAAAUGUGCCACCUUCAAAUCAAUAUAUGUCCACUCAGCAAAGUUCACAGGUUGCGGGAGUGCCAUCUCAGAGCUAUCAACCCCCUCCUCUACCACAGCAACACAGUGAAGCACUUACUCUAAAUAUACCUUUAUCCCAAGAAAGCAAUGGGAAUCCUGUUGUGCUCCAAGAAGGUAGUGGUGAAGGUGGUGUAUGGGGAUGGAUUAAAGGUACUCAAUUUUUGAAUAAAGUAGCUGAAAAGGCAAAGAGUUCUGUGGAUUCUGUUAUUACAACAUUAGACCCCGGAAUGAAAGAAAUAAUUAAUUCAGGUGGGGAUAUUAAUGUAAUAGUCGCUUCUGGAAAUGAAGCGAAAGUAUCAGCUGUGCGAGAAGCUUUUCAGCAAGUUUUUGGAAAGGCAACUGUUCAAGGAAUACCUGUUCAAGCAAGUAGUAUUGCUCCCCAGCCAGUGGGAUACUCUGCUGGCCUAAAAGCUGCUGAAGAACGUAUUGGAAAUAUAAGGCAACAAGGAUUACUACAAGGAAAUCAUGUUUUAUUGGCUGUUGAAAAUUUUAUUGCUGAACUUACUCCAGAUAAUUGGUUUGACAUCGGAUGUUUGCUUCUUCAAGAUUACAAUGAAGGGAUUUCUUUACAAGUCUACACAGAAGCAAUACCAAUAUCUAGUCAUUUUGUACAACAAGCUAAGGAUCAAACCCCUGCAGACUAUCCACUUGGCUGGUCUGGCCAUGCUGUCACUAUUGGUCAGAUAAUUGGCUCAGCUAUGGGUGUUCAUCAUUCAGAAUGGCAUCAGGCCAUGACUGGUGUUUCACGCAGAGAAAUAUUAUUUUUAGCUGCAAAGACAAUUGCUGGUUUGUACAAAUCACAGCUAAGGAGAUAACAAUUGAAAUGGUGCUGAUUUUUUUUUUUUUUUAAGUAUUGGUAUAUUGUUUUACAUUUGUGCAAGUAUUGUUUGGUAUUUGUACUUUUUAUUGUUAAUAAUUUAGCUCUGAAAGAAUAAACUUUUAUGUUUGAAAAAUAAAUCUAUUAAUAGUUUCAUUUUUUAUUGAUUUUUUUUCUUUCAAAUUGGUUUGAUUGGUUUUAAAUUUUGUACUCUUUAUAAAGAUAUUUCUCAUAAUAUCUAAUGACAUUGCUCUUGACAACUGUACUGCUCAUUUAUAAAGCAAUCACUUCUGUUGAACAGAAAGUGUUCACAAUUUUGAAUGAAAAAUACAAUAAAGCAACUAUAAAAAAUUUAUUUUAAAAAAUGUAACUGUUAAAUACAAGCAGAAGUAUAUUUGAAACAUAAAUUCUGAUUUUAACUCAGUAUAAAAAAAAUUAUCUACAGGUUCUUCUUUAACAUUUGAAAUCAUUUCCAGAAUACUCACAAAGAGAAUUUGGAAAGUUUUAAAUCUUCCUGCAAGAAAAUUUAAAACAAGAACUAAUUUUCAAAUCAAUCCAUCCAUCUUUUGAAACAAUUCUUCUAACACUUACAAUGGAAAAAUUCAUGCAAUCAAUGAUAUUUAAAGUUUUUCUUUAAGAAUAAAUUAAACGUUAAGAUCAAAGGCAUUCAUAUGCACGAAUCAUAUCAAUAAUGUGCUUAUCAUUUUCUGUGGAUAUGGUGCAGUGUAGCUCAAACAGAGUUUCACUAAUAUUUUUGAUUUCACAUCUGUGAAUAUUUCUGAUAUUUGCAGUGUUGAACAGUAUGUUUGUUAAAAUGUCAUGCAUUCAUAGAAUCUAUAAAAAUUAAUAGAUUUGUGCUAAAUUGAGAAAUUUUGUGGGCUUCCAAAUUUGCAAAAAAGAAUUUUAAUAGUUCAACGAAACUUUAAAUCUAUUUUUAAGAAAUUCUGAACUGAUUGUACCAAACCAUUGAUGGGUAAUACUCAGUCUUGCUGAAAAAAAUUCUGACUAUAUAUAUGCAUAUCAUAUGGCUACACAUAUGAAAUAUAGAAUCAACUUCUAAAUAUACAUUUUGAAUUUACACUUGCUUUCCUGACACUUCACUUGAAAAUUUUUAUGCUGUAUUUAAUUUUAGAAAUUUAUUACAUUUUGUGAAAUUAUUGUGCUACAAAAUGAAUUAGGUAUAGUUUUGCAAAACAAUCCGAUACCAUUAAAAAUACUAAUCCUAAAUUCCACAAAAUGAUAAUUGUUUUCAAACUGUAAGACUGCAUUCAAUUAUCCUUAGUUGCAAAAGUGUGCUUGCUAUAAAAUAAAGAAUACUUUUAACUGAAUUUUUUAAAAAAAAUCUUUAUUUUUCUUAGUUCAAGCUAUAUUUUAUAUUAAAUUUCAUAUGAAAAGGCAAUGCAAGACACAGCAAUUUUUUUUUCCCCCAACUGUAUGUCUGUGACAUUUUGUUUUCUAAAAUACAUUGGAAUGGAAUAUAAUUUGAAAGAUCAGGCAACUGAUUUUGAAGAAUGAUUUCUGUUUUUAAAAAAUUAAUAUUUAUAUAAAUAAGAUACUGAAAUGUUAAAUUUUAUUAUAGUUAUUCUUCUUAAAUUUCAUUUAAAAUGAUCUUCAUUCAUAAUUUAUAUUAAUUUAAGUUUUUUUGAAAAUUAGUAUAUUUGUAAUUUUUAAUUUUCUUUAUAGCAGUUUUCAUGUUUUUCUUCGUAUUAUUUAUAUAAUGUUAUGUUGAAAGAGAUAAUUGUAUGUUAAAUUGUUGUAUAAGUAGUAAAUAUUUAUUGAUUAAUGGAUAUUAUAAGGAUGUUAUUCUUCAUGGAUAAUUUUAUCAGAUUGAUUACAUUCUCUUGAAUUGUAGAUUGUAAAAAAUAUUCAAGCAUAUUUUAUGUUUCAAUGCUGUGUCGAAUAAAUAAAUUCUUUUCAUGUUACCAAGAAUCAUUUUAAAAGGUUUAUUUAUAUUUGUAAGUGGUAUGUGUGUUGUUUUAAAGGCACAAUUGCAAGGUUUUUCUAUCAUUUUUAUCAAUUGAAAGAUGCACCUUAUAAUGUAAUAUAUACUGUUUAAAUAAAAUCUGUUUGUUUUUC